AUGGGUGGAACAUCUUUACUUGUACCGGGCGGUUGUGAACUCGCUGUCAUUGCGGUAACGGGGUCCAAGGUUUCUGCUCCCACUACUGAUAUAUUGCUUGUAGUAGAGCUGGCACGUGCCCGCUGGGAUUCCACAGGCCUCCAUACAGAUGGAGCUAUCGAAGGACUGUGGUGCAAAUUUAGGGGAGCAGUCAAAUUUGAAGAAGAGUGCAAUAAAGAUGGAAGGGCGGAUGAGGCCCGUGGACGCCUCAUAUUUUGGCCUUGA